AUUUAUUGACGCACAAACGCAGCAGCAGUAGCGUGCGUCCUUCUCUUCCGGCUGCUGAUGCUGAAGUGUCCUCUUGUCUCGCUGUCUGUCUGUCUGUCUCUCCUCUCUCUGUCUCACACGGAGGAGGAGGGAGAGGAGGAGGAGGAGGAGGAGGAUGAAUCGCUCUGAUUACCAAGAUGUCGAAGGAAUCUUUUGUUGGAGCCGGAAUUUUAUCCCCAACCACCACCAUCAUCAUCAUCAUCAGCAGCAGGAACUAACUGACAUCAUUAUUUAAUGUCGUAAUUUUAUUGUCGUAACACCGCUGUUACCAUGAGGCCAGUGGCGGUCGUUUGCGGCAGCAGCUGCUUGUAAACAACAACAAUAAUCAAAUAAAAACAAAAGGACUGCAGGUAAUUUGCUGUUUGAGUAACGGCGGAGUUGGAGCGAACGAACGAAUUAUGGCUAAAAAGCGCAAGGGGGCGCAGCGAAACUCAGGGAAAAAAGGCUCAAACGCAUAAAAGUUGACGCCACAAUAUGCACUAAAACUACGUCUCUAUUUGCCGCUACAACAAGUUCCACCGCUGCAGCGGGUGCAGGACCGUCGACGACGGCGUCAUCAUCAUCAUCCAGUGCAGAAGCAGUCCCAUCGAGUGCACCGGGGGCUGUCGGAGUGGCACAUGUGCAAGUACCUUUUUAAAUAAUACUAUGAGUCGACUUGGUGUCCAACUUACAGUUUUAUUUUAGCUUGCCAUAAAGUUAUAAUUUGCAUGUGUUACAGCUUACAGUUAUUAUUAUGUAAUAUUAGUGAAACAUUGCUGUGCAGAAAUUGAUGAUUAAUCAUUGUUAGGUGUAUGUUCUUGAUCUUUAUCUUGAGGGUUAUGUUCUUGAAUGGGGGGCCAUUCAAAAAAUUCACAAGCAGGCUGUUGUCUAGCUCUAUUUCUUUAUUUUAGUCAUUAGUCCAGUUAUAAUGCAAUUGAUGUGUAUCACUCAUUUGUUUUCUUCUCUUUAAGGCUGCCCUGUCCCCCAGGGAUGUGCCUUUCAGUGGUGUGCACUUCACAGGCAUUUGUCACAUGUAGCACAAAGGUCCAUGCAGCCUUGGUCUCAGCAUAUAUUGAGAACAAGAUGCUCCAAGGUUCAAACAUCUUGGGGUACGAGAGGCCUCUGGUCAUCCGAGUGUCCUUCUCCACCUGUGUGCUGUCCACCGUGUUCCUGCCUCUGCUUGGACUCAUCACGUGUCUCUUCAUCUCCUCCGUGUUUCACUUUGAUGACUCCACUGUCACACACUGCCAGGUUCCAAACUACCUGCCGUCCAUCAGUGCCUCGAUAAGCCUGAGUCCCGAGGGCCACAUAUGGCGCUUCUGCAUCGGGCUGCACUCGGCACCGCGGCUCCUGGUGACAUUUACAUACUUCAAGCUCUACAAGGCGCGUUUCGCCUCCAAGUUCCCCGAGAGUCCGCUCAGCUGCCUGAACCUGGUCUUCUCCAUGCUUGAAAACCUUGGCCUUUUGCUCCUCACAUACGUGUCGUCCAGUGAGACAUACUUCAUUCAUAAGGAAGGAUUUUUGCUGUUCAUCAUCAGCUCCCUGAUCUACAUGCUGAUCACCUGCCGUCUGUGGAAAAGUAUCAAGAGGAAUUCACUGUCUCCUGAGGAUGCCAAGUCUCACCGGUGGAAAGUGCGUUUUCUACUUCUCAACGUUUCCUGCUGUGCUUUCGCUGGAUUCUUUUACUGGAAACACAACAUGUACUGUGAGUCAGGGAGUUACACACUCUUCGCCCUCUUUGAGUAUCUCAUCGUCUUCACCAACAUGGCCUUCCACCUCACGGCCGUGUGGGACUUUAAGAGCCGUGAGGUCAUGGUCAUUUCCUCCUCUGAAGAUAAAACCUUCUGACUAGAAACACAAGUACUCAGUGUUAACUGUACGACCACUCGACCUCCUGGUGAUAACAGCCUUCAUUCCACUGCUCACGAGGUCGAGUGGGACCAAGGACUGUUCCAUAUUUUCCCCUGAUGACGGCUCUCGAGUCCUCAAAGUGUAAACGUCAGAUUUACAAACGUUCUACCGGAGAGUUUGUUUCCGUUUUGUUCAAUUUAAGUGCUUUGUUUUUAAAGCCACUGUGUCUCAUCUGUUGAUGCCUUCACCAGGACACUGUGUGUUCAACUUUCAACUUUUGUUCAACUUUCAACUUUCGUAUCAAACACAACAUGUGUAUGCCAAAAUAAAGUGACAGUUCUUUCA